AUAACAAUACGCACGAUAUCAACUGAUUCAUCAAUUUAUUUACACGAUGAUAAUUUAGACAAAUCAUAAAGAAUUUCUCUAUCGUUACGUUGUUAUGAGUCAUAUUUCUUCUCAAGUUUCUGGAGCCGCUUUAUGCUAAACCAACACAAAAAUGUUAAAACUUGAUUCAACAAAUAAUAAUCAACCGUCAAUAAUGCAACCACUACCCUUUUUCCAGGGUGGUGCACUCAAGCCACAUUUGGACAGGGAUAAUGAUUUUAAUUCCAUACCGUUCAUUACCACUAACGAAUCUGAAUUUGUACAAAAUGAAUACAGCCCAAACAAUCGUUCAUUUCUUUUUAUGGAUGCUAAUGAAAAUUUACAAAUUGCUACACCUGAACUUUUUUGUAAAAAACUAACCUGCAAUAGCGAGGACAAAAUAAAAGUCAUCUCCAUAUUUGGAAACACAGGCGAUGGUAAAUCGCAUACUAUGAACCAUGUAUUCUUUAGUGGUGAACCGGUUUUUCAUACCUCAACGGACCAAAGCUCCUGUACGAUUGGAGUUUAUGCGGCCAUGCAACAUGAUCAAGGCGUGCUCUGCCUGGACACAGAAGGCUUGCUUGGCACCACAGCUAAAAGCAACAAACGCAUGCGUAUGCUCCUAAAGAUUCUUGCCAUUUCGGACAUUGUGAUAUAUAGAACGCGCGCACCGCGUUUGCACAGUGACAUGUUUGAAUUUCUUGGCACUGCGUCCAAGGCAUUUUGCUUGCAUUUCACUCAGGCACUGCAGACCAUGGGCAAUGGCAACACUCUCGGACCUGCUGUGAUAAUAUUUCAUGAAACGCAACAUACAAAACCGUUGGAGAGCACCGUUGCCGAGAGUGCCGAGGAUAAAUUGCGCAACAAUUUUGCAUUGCUCAACUUAGAGACGAAUGCUUUUAGUUCGCUGCGCUAUGUGGGAAUUCAAACACCAGCGGACAAACAGACCAAUUUUUCUAAAAUCAACGAUGUGUUGCGCUUGGAAAUAGAGAACACAGCUGUGCGCUCUCCUCGUAAGCCCGCAGUCGUAUUCCAGGCUAUGAAAUUAUUAAACCAAAAGUUUGCCGGGGACAUUAUUGAGAAAGCCAUUAAUCCCUUUCCCGAGCAGUAUUUCACCUGCCCGGUGCACUGCGAAUCGUGCAGUCGACGCUGCCAACGUUCAAUGGGUCAUAUGAGCGAUGGCGAAUCACACUUUAAUACACAUCCAUGCAAUUAUCAACAUCAAUACGAGAACAAGGAAUAUCUGUGCAAAAAGUGUUACAACAAUGGCAAGGAGACUGUGGUCAGUAUACGGGCGCAAUCGCAAACUGAUAGUGCUUUGUCAGGUUUGGCCAAAUAUAUGUGGAAGGGCGAUGUCAUUGAGUGUCCCUAUUGCGGAGAGAUUUAUCGGGCACGGCAGUACUGGUAUGGCAAUAAGUCCCCAGAGGCCUCAGUGGUGCGGGUGCAAGUGGUGCAUGUGUGGAAAGGUGGUAAUGCAGUCGUGCGCGGCAAUGCACAUUCAGCUCAACUAAUGCUCGAUGGCGUUCAUUACUUGAGCGAAGCAAUUACAAAUAUAUCGGCACCAUCAGCAAAGGCAUUGAGCGGAUGGAUAGCAGACAAGGUAGCACCUAGCUAUUGGCGAUGUAAUAAUGAAAUCAUUCUCUGUCAUGCCUGCAAACGUAACUUUGAGAAAACAGGUAUGCCAAAACAUCAUUGCCGAGGAUGUGGUGAGGGUUUUUGCCACACCUGUAGUCAACACAGGGCUCCGGUGCCAGCCCGCGGUUGGUUGCAACCGGUUCGUGUUUGCAAUGAUUGCUAUCAACAGCUGCGCCGCAAGUCGGAUAUAACACCUGGAUCCAAGCCGACUAACGAUGAAGGCGAUGUGUUAGUUCGCAAAUAUGGCGAAACCAUCUACAACACCAUCAGUACAGUGGCUGCGGUAGCAAUAGAAUAUCCUAAGGAAAUUCUUAAAGACACCGCACGCCCAUUUUAUUGGGUGCCCGAUGCUGAAUCACCUUGUUGCUUCAUUUGCAAAGAUGUUUUUGGCAACGCAGAGGAACUAGCAUUGGCACAACAUGCAGGUCGUCUUAGUGUGGAAGAUAAUAUAAAAUUGCGCAGUAACCCUCAGCCGCCUUUCGCUGGACGAACGACAAACAGCGAAACCAAAGCGCCUGGUGAGUGCAAACGGCAUCAUUGUCGAUCCUGCGGCCAGGCUGUGUGCAGCGAUUGCUCUAAAACGCGCAUGCCAGUGCCGGAACGAGGCUGGCAAAUGGAUGUUCGUGUCUGUGAUUCGUGUGCCUGUAUGCCAAAAGCAAAUACCUCGACUGACAGCAGCAGCGCCAGCGCCGUGCCCUCUGAGUCUAUCCAUAUAGGCGCCGGUGAAGAUAUGAAGCGCCUCACGUGUCACUCUGUUAAUACAAGCAAUCAUCUGAACAGCGGUUCAUAUCAACAUACCGGUACCUGCAAUGACUGUGAGGAUCCUAAAGAAAGUACCGAAUGAAAAAACCAGGGUUUUAGGCAGCAACAGUAAUUGAAACAACGUCACAAUUAUGUCUAAAUUUUAAAAUUAAUAUAAUCAAGAAAGUCAGCCCUUUUAUUUUUUCUUAUUUUCUCUGCGAUUGAAAAAUGUAUCAUAAAAAUAGUACAAUUGGUUCGUGUGUAAAUAACUAACUAGUUUGUAUUAAUCUGCUACUCUAUGUAUGUAUAAAUUACCGCAUAAUAAUGUGCAGUUGAUAUUAAUGUAAGAAUGUAAAAAAAAAAAAUAA